AUGUCCACGAUGUCGACCCGGUCGAGAGGGCGCGCGCAGCAGCCAUCUCCGGGCUCCCAGUCCGCGCGAGCACCAUCGGAGCGGUCCAAGAAAGGGAAAAGGACCAAGCCUGCUAGCACCAGUCAUGAUAGGGCAGAGAGGGAGGCGAAGAAGAGGAAUCAAAGUAGGAGGGAGGAGGAGGAGGACGACGACGACUCCUGCUCCUCUGCAGUCAGCUCUCCCCUUCGCGAGCCGUACAUGCCUGCAGUGGAAGUCGAACGGUAUCCUGAUGGCACACAGAUACGUAGACCAGUCGACAGGGAGAUAUCCAGCGCCUAUAACCACAUGAAAGCGAUCUACUACGAAAAAAUAGAACGCCAGAUGAAAAUGCCAACGCUUAAUCCGGAUACACCUCCAAAUUGUCUGGAUAAUGAUCCAACGCUUCUUCACAUCCAUGAAUCUGCAAAGAAGAUAGUGCUUCAUGCCGCUCAAUUUAUUGUUGGGCUUUCAUCAUCAUUCGAUGGUGAGCCGCUAGCAUGGUGUUCUGGUUUCUGGAUUGAUUUGGAUAGCGAGAAGAGAACUGGUACCGUUGUGACGACUGCACAUCUGAUUCGCACAAAGCGCCCAUCACUGGAUGCUUGGUUAUGCAAAGAUGAGUUUGCUUCUGAUGUUAAGGUUACUGUCCACUUGCGGUGUGGCACCGUUGCAAACGGCUGCUUCCUCUACCACCAGAAGCACUAUAAUCUUGCUUUCUUCAGAGUUAGAAUGGAUUCAUCUAUUCAGUUACCCUCUUUUAGCGAUAAAGUGAAAUGUGCUCAAGACAUCUUUGAGCUUGGAAGAGAUGAAUCUGUCAAUCUAGUGAUAAAUCACGGUAAAGUGGAAUAUUAAAAUCCAACCGGGUAUGAGAGG